AUGGCCUCCUCCUCCGCAGCCGCCCACUGCCACCCCAAGGUGGUCAUCAUCAUGGGCGCCACCGGGUGCGGCAAGUCCCGCCUCUCCAUCGACCUCGCCUCCCACUUCCGUUCUGCUGAGGUCAUCAACUCCGACAAGAUGCAAGUCUACCGGGGCCUCGACAUCACCACCAACAAGAUCGCCCCGGCCGACCGCCGCGGCGUCCCCCACCACCUCCUCGGCUCCCUCGACCCGGACGACGGCGAGAUGACCCCGUCGCAGUUCCGUUCCCUCGGAGACGCCGCCAUUUCCGACGUCGCCUCCCGCGGGAGUCUCCCCCUCCUCGUCGGCGGUUCCACCUCCUCCAUCCUCGCUCUCCUGGCGGAGCGGUUCGUCCCGGAGGAAGACGUGUUCGGCGGGCUCGGCCCGCCGGCGAGACCCGAGCUGAGGUAUCACUGUUGCUUUCUGUGGGUCGACGUGUCGCUGCCCAUCCUGAAGAAGUGCCUGCCGAAGCGCGUGGACGGAAUGCUCCGCAUGGGCGCUUUCGAUGAGCUCGCCAGAUACUACGACCUGCGCCGGACCGACCCGGGGGGUCGGGCCGGGCUGAGGAAGGCCAUAGGCGUGCCCGAGUUCGACCAAUAUUUCGAGAAGUAUCCGCCGAGGGGGGUCGGCCCUGGGGACGCGUGGGAGCCGGAGGAUGCGAGGGAGCGGGACAACGAUCCGGUGCGGGAGGGUGCAUACCAGGAGGCGCUACGCGAGAUAAAGAAGAACGCGGGCCAGCUGAUGAAACGGCAGAUUAUGAAGAUCCGGCAGCUGAGCGAAAGCGGGUGGGAGCUGCAUAGGCUGGACGCGACGGAGGCGGUCCGGCUGGCGACGGCGCCCGAGGAGGAGGACGUUUGGAAGAGGCAGGUGUUGGAGCCGAGCGUGGAGAUUGUGAAUCAGUUCUUGCAAGAGAAGUAG